CGCGGGCUGGGUAGAUCGGCGUACCUGUAGAUGGGGAGAUAAAACAGGUUACCUGCCAGGUAGAUUCACCUACAUGUUGAAAACUUACCUGGUCAAGUACACACGGUAAAUUACAGAUUCAACAUGAUGCUGACCUCUGGGGAGAACACGCGACGGGAGGAUGGUGGCGUGUACAAAUAUGACUCUGGCCAUCCCGACUUUUACCGAUGCCCUGUCUCCACUCCCGCCACCAACAGCAAACGACCAUUGGACGAUUAUGAUCCAAUCACAAACACUAUUGCACCGGAACUACAUGACAGGAAGUCCGUGAUUGGCUUCUCCCCACCGUCAGUCAGCAGGAACAGAACACGUGACGUCCAGAAUCCAAUCAGAAAGAACGUUGAGUAUUACUUCGUAGAUAAACAUGUUCAGAAACACGAAGCUGAACAAACUAACACAUUUUGGUUGCAAUCACUGUGUGCCCAGCCAGUGACUGAGAUUCUUGGGAAGUACAGACGGAAGUCAGACUUUCAAAGGACUCGGUAUAUGUGGUCCAAGACAUUCUCGACACCUGGGGAACGAGCCUUGUUACAGGCUUGGAGCACCAACACAACUGCUCCGCACCGUGCUUCCACGUCGAUGGGGUCAAGGACACCGGCAAGUCAAAUACUGACCUACUCACGGGAAAUGAAAGUUAGUAGCGAACCGUCAGUUACGUCCCCUGCCAAAUCCGAAGUAGAUGGCAGUACUGAAGAGUUACGUUCCUUUCACAGAUCAACAUCCGGUUGUGCACGUGAUCAGUCUAGACGUACUCCUCGAACUGUUACCCAAGAUUCCGCCACGGUUAGAAUUGAUACCGGUCAGGUUGAAGACGUACAGACGUCGAGGAUGGCGUUGAAUGGCGGCACAGACGGACUUCCCCAGCUCUCGGGUCAGCAGAGUCGUCGGAAAGGGCAAAUGGUUCUUCAACAGCGGAAGUACUUCAGCGGUAACCGGAAGCACCCCGCUAUACCGCAUGUCCAAACGCUGAAUCCAGUCAGAACUGACGACAUUGCUCAAAGCCCUGACGUCAUUUGUCUCGUGCCUUCUCAACGAUCUGUGUCACCUGUUGCAACACCACGUGACACAGUUAAAUCGCGUGUUUCAUCUUCACGGGAACUCGAGAGAGUUGGGUCGGCUUACUCAACAUCUGACAUUGACAAAACACAGGUGAAGUUCCCACUGAUUGUCAGCACAAAGACUCAUACGGAUGCCCCAGAAGAGGGCUAGAGCCGAUGGUCUGCACAAUAUUUUGCAAAUGAAUAUCCAAAUCUUGUUCAUGUUGAUGCUUGUAAUUGAAUAUCUUCUGACGAAAUGACACCUGCAUAAAACAUACAUUAGAGUGUAAUUAUCA